UAAUAAAAUAAAGUUUUCUAUGGAAAGCUAUCUAAAGAAUCACCAUUCUACAUAUGUUUAUCAUGUAACAUUAAUUUAGACUAAUUUUAAUUUUCAUGUUAUAGAUUUUUUCGGUAAAUUUGUCAUUGAUUUCAAAUCAAGGUUAUAACUGCACCAUGUCCAUCCCAUUAAUUGAUAAAAUCAUGUGAAACAUAACCUUGUAAAAAAACUUAAUCUAUACGGUUAAUUCAUUAUCUUGAAAUUUAUAAUAUGUUAUCAAUAAGUAACACUGUAACAGAUAUAUAAAAGGGAUUGAUAAACUAAGCAGAAAACCAAUCCGAACGAAAGAUAUAAGGUGGAUGAAUUUAGAAAGAAAAGCAAAAGAAACAUGAAAAUACAUAGAAACAGUUAAAACAUAAAAAGGAAGAAUGAGCUGGUAAUAAUCAAGUAUUAUUUUUAGUCAAAAAAAAAAAAAAUCAAGUAUUAAGGUAAGAAAGUUCAUGAAUAAAGAGGCUUUGACAGCAUGAAAAAAGAAUGUAAGAAGUUAUUAACAAAGAAGAGGUCUGGUGUUUUGUGUUAGGCUCGGCAUGCCCGAACCCAACAACUUGUAACAUCCCACACAAACUCAUCUCUAUAUAUAGACACUUUUCUUUGGCUAAAACUUGGUGCAAUAUACACACACACACACACACUUGCAAACACUCUCAUAAUCCCUCCCAAACAACCCCAAAACUAACAAAAACUUGUUCUCUCAUGGCAUCAUCUGAUCCUCAGUUCUACACCGAUUUCACAUGUUCCGGCGAGACUUCUUCUCAGUUUCACGGCUCUUCUUCAUGUCCUGACAUCUCAGCUCUAUCCAACUACGUCGGCGAUGGUUUCAAUUCCUUCAACACAUCUUCUAACCAAGAAUCCACAUUUUUGCCCCAAGUUUUUGGGAUUUCUGACGUUUUUGUGCCGGAGUACAUCAACCACUACCAGAAAAGGGGUGUGAAUAAUGCCACACAAUAUUUUCAUGGUGGAGAUCAAGAAUAUUACGGCUAUUCACCGGAGAUCAAGCCCUUGUUCUGUCAGUCCUCUGGAGAGCAAUCUUGGCAGGGAAAUAGUGAAGGAGUGAUACAAGCUGAGCCGAACACAAAAGUGGGACGCUAUUCGGUUGAAGAACGUAAAGACAGAAUCAUGAGGUACUUGAAGAAGAAGAACCAACGCAACUUCAAUAAGACCAUCAAGUAUGAAUGUCGUAAAACCCUAGCUGACCGGCGUGUUCGUGUUCGAGGACGAUUUGCCCGGAACAACGACACAUGUGAACAACAAUCUCACGCCUCUAAGAAUCACAACAAUCAUUCUGAAAAAGACGAAGAUAUGUUUUCUGGAUCAGACGACUAUCUAAUCCAGCAGAUGAAAAACGACGAUGGUUGGCUUCACGAAGCAAUGUGUAAUCUGAUUUAUUUUCCUUGUGAACUGUACCCUCCUAGUGAUGAUGCUCAUCAUCCAAAUACAUGAAGCUUAUUAGUUUAGUUUAAUUAUAAGAAGCUUAAUUACUUUAUGAUCAAUUUAUCAUGUACUAACUAUUCACGGGGUUAUAAUGAGCAUGAAGAUUCUGCC